AUGACGAGCGAUGUCAAGUUUGAUCCUGCAAAGGCGGAGGAGCAUCUGAGGGAGGUGGUAACCGCAGAAACAUGGAAAGAUAUGAGCCGCAAACUCGCAAGAGAAAAAUUGGAGGAGAAGCUCGGGGUGGCCCCUGACGGGCUAAAGGAUCAUAAGAAGGCGAUAAACGAAAUUCUCGACAAAAUCGUCAACGAGCUUUCGGGAGGAGGCGACAGCGAAUCAGAGGCGGAAGAAUCAGAAGCUGAUGAAGAAACAGAGCCGGCGACCAAGAAGCAGAAAACUGGACCUGAUCCUCCCAAGAACCUUAAGAAACUUCAGGCUUCCCUCAUGACGCGGCAGUCAUUUUUGGAGCAAGCACCAGUUAUGGCUUCCAAGAUAGGGGAAAUGAUGUUCGACAUGAAGCCGAGAACCUUCAGCAGUGGCUCAUGUGGCUGGUUUCACGGAGGAAAAGUUGCAAUUAAAGUUGGUGAUCAGGAAAUCUGGUGCCAGCUGGGUGUCAACUGCACUGUCCUAGGAAGUAAAGAAUGGCGAGAUGGAAUCAAGAAAGCAAAGAAGUGA